UUCAUUUAUUGUGAUUGGAAGCUAGACAUUAUCCGUUUUAUGAACAUUUUGGAAUCAGACAGAAAAACGAACCUGUUAAUCAAUGGAAGCGGGAAAUCUCCUUGGUUUCAUUCCGUUAAACCAACCGCCACAACGACUUGUACAUUCUCGGCGCCUCUCCUCUUUCCCUUCCUUUGUUACUGUUAAGGCUUCUAUUAGUUCCCAGGGAGGAAGUGGGUAUAGAGGGCCGAAGCCGCGGAGGGAAUGGAUAGCAGAUUGGGUAUCCAAAAAUGAUGAUUUAGUUCGGAGCUUGCCGAUAUACGUUGGUGGAUUGUCUUUAUUAGCUGUUCUUUUCAAUCGCACGGUCUCUGGUAUUGCUCCCGUCGCUGAUGCUAGCAGUUCUCAAUCCAGAGCAGAUUUAUUAACACUUGGCUUGGCAGUCACCAACAUCUUAAAUGGUCUUGUUUGGCUUUCAAUUCGCCCAAAAACCAUAUCUGUGGUAAAUCCUAACGGGGUGAAGUGCCAAAGAAUAGCGUCCAACCUACCAGAUUUUGUUAUUUCUGAGCUGCUCUGGGCUUGGGAUUCUCUAUCAGAUGUCACAUGCUGCAGAUCGCUGGUCAUUGUUUAUGAUGGAAAAUGCAUCCUUCAAAUUGGGUUUGCUGCUGCAUCAUCCUCUAAUGGAAGCGAUGCAGUAGCUGUGGACACCAAUAAGUUGAUAGAAGGAUCACUUUACCAAGGAGUUUUAAAAUCAGCGCCGCGUGAGUGAUAUCACUUGAACCUCUCAUUUCCUCUACCUUUCGAGAUAUAGUUAUAUUUCUCCUUCCUAAAACAAGUGGGUGAAAGAGUUAUGAGCCCGAGAGCAGGUUUUGAAAGAUCAGGACAUUGUUUAAAUUUCCAAGCAUCCGUUAAGAAGUUAGAUUAACAUGAGC